GUUCGCCACGUUGGAAGAGUUAACGGCUGAUAGCAAUCUGCUUGACAUAACUAAAACUGUUUUAUAUCAAUCUUAGAAUACUUUUCUUCACUCGAUUAUAUUAAGAUAUCAAAGAUGAAGGUUAAGGAGUUAUUAAAAACUGUCAAUGUGGCAUGGUCUCCGCCUGCCCAAUAUCCAAUCUUAUUAGCUGCUGGAACUGCAGCUCAACAGCUGGAUGCUAGUUUUAAUACUUCUGCUAGUCUUGAUUUGUAUUCAAUUAAUUUACAACAGCCAGGAUAUGAAAUGGAAUUGAAGGCCAGCGUGGCCAGUGAUCACAGAUAUCAUAAAAUAAUUUGGGGAGCAUAUGGUAAUAACCCGGCAGGUAUAAUUGUUGGUGGUUGCGAUUAUGGUGCAAUACAAAUCUAUUCAGCUUCUAAAAUGUUAAACAAUGAAAACAAUUGUUUAAUAAGUAGUCCGGAUAGACAUACAGGUCGAGUAAGGGCAAUGGAUUUUAAUCCCUUUCAAGCAAAUUUAUUAGCAACCGGUGCAGCUGACAGCCAAAUUUAUAUAUGGGAUGUAGUAAAUAUUAACACUCCAAUGAAACCUGGAUCUGAAAGUCAACCGUUAGAAGAUGUUCAAUAUAUUGCAUGGAACAAACAAGUACAACAUAUUCUUGCCUCCACAUUUUUACAACGUUGUGUUAUAUGGGAUUUAAGAAAAAAUGAACCAAUAAUCAAACUAACAGAUGCCAAUUCAAAGGUACGAUGGAAAGUAGUUCAAUGGCAUCCAAAUGUUGCGACACAAUUAUGCUUAGCAUCGGAAGAUGAUCAAGCUCCUGUUAUUGAAUUAUGGGAUUUAAGAUUUGCCACAUCACCUUUAAAGACAUUACAGAAUCAUCAACGAGGUGUUCUUUCAAUAGCAUGGAACCCUCAUGAUCCAGAUCUUCUUUUAAGUAGCGCAAAAGAUAAUAGAAUUUUAUGUUGGAAUCCAAAUUCAAAUGAACCGAAUGGAGAAGUAAUAUGUGAAUUAACACAAACAAAUCAAUGGAACUUUGAUGUCUCAUGGUGUCCACGACAUCCAGGUUUAAUUGUUGGAACUAGUUUCGAUGGGCAUGCAGCUAUAUAUUCUUUACUCGGUGGAAAACAAGAAGUAUCUAGUGAAACAUCGAACAAAAUUGUUGAUUCAUUUCCUGGGAUGGAUCCUUUUACACAACCCCAUCCUACAGUUCAAACAGAAUCAAUUGCAAUUUUGACAAAAGCACCAAAAUGGUUGAAGAAACCUUUUGGAGCUUCAUUUGGUUUCGGUGGUAAAUUAAUAAGUUUUGAAAAUGAAACAGCAGACCCAAAUUUACCUAUGAAUUCAAAUAGAAAAGUAUUAAUAUCACAAGUAAUUACACAACCAGAUCUCAUUCAAAGAUCAAAUGAAUUAGAAGAAACCCUUAAGAGUGAACAGUAUGCCGAUUAUUGUAAAGGAAAAAUCGAUAAUGCAACAGAUGAACACACUAAAAAAAUUUGGAAUUGUGUUAAAGCAUAUUUUAACAAUAAUGUCACAAAAGACAUAUUGGAUUUAUUAGGAUAUAAUAUAGAAGCAAUGAAUAACAAAUUAAAUCAAUUUGUACCUCAGGAUGAAAUAAAUACACUUGCAGGAGGUAUUGCUAAUCUUAACAAUGUAACAAAUGGUAAUAUAGAUGGAGGUGCAGUAUUUGAUGCUAUUGUUCAAGAACAACAGAAAAAAUCUACAGCUUCUGCAAUGUCUACAAAUAAUAAUUUCAAAAUAAAUAUUUCUGAUGAUGAUGAUGGACUUAUUGCACAAGCAAUUCUUUUGGGAAAUAUUGAAGCUGCUGUAUCUUUAUGUUUUAAAAGUAAAAAAUAUGCAGAUGCAGUUAUUCUUUCAAUGACUGGAGGACCCGAAUUAUUAGCAAAAACUCAAUAUAGAUAUUUCUCGGAACAUACUGGGGCACUUAAUUCAAUUAUAAAUUCAUUAGUUAGUGAAAAUUGGACUGAUAUUGUUAAAAAUGUUGAUAUAAAUUGCUGGAAAGAAGUAUUAAUAGGUAUAUUUACACAUGGUCAAGAACGAUCAACGUUGUGUGACAUGCUAGGAGAUCGUUUAGCAUCUAGCGAAAAUCCUGAUUUAAAAAAACAAGCUCAAAUAUGCUAUAUCUGUUCUGGUAAUUUAAAUAAAUUAAUAGAAACAUCUGGGGCUGAAGUCCAAGAAAUUGUGGAAUUGAUUAUAAUAAUGCAAAAAGCUUUAGAAUUUCAAGGUAUUAGAAAAACUGAUAUUGAAGGUAAAAUUGCUAAUGUUCUAGCUCAAUAUGCUGAAAUGCUAGCGGCAGAAGGAAAUCUUGAAACAGCUCUGAUUUACCUUGAAAAUAGCAAGGAACAAAGGAUCACAAAUUUACGAUUUAGGCUUGGUAGAGCUUUAGGUUAUAUUGAAGAGUCCAAAAGAACCAUAGAGAAAGCGCCAAUAAAACAAAAUUAUAAUGAACAAACUCAUAGACCUUUACAAAAUCAGAAUUUUCAAAAUACAUAUAAUUCAUUAUCACAAACUACAUCAACAAUUGCUGGAUCUCCUAAUUAUAAUUGGAAUACUACUCCUAUUAAACAAUCAUUUGGAACAACAUCAACUCCGUAUAAUAUUCAAUCAACACAAUCUUUUGUAACACCUUCUGCUCAUACUCAAACACAAUCGACGCAUUACGAUCAAUAUCCAACAGGACGCCCAUAUGGACAACAAAGCAGUUUACAGUCCCCUCCUCUGCCCCCUCCUACAUCUGGAUCAAAUACUACUAGUAAUUCAAGACCGUCUAGCGUUGGACCUCAAUCGAGAUCCAAAUAUCUUAUAGAUCCAUCUGUAAAGUCUACGUCAUCGUAUGGUCAAAGUGCUUUUCAACAACCUUUUACUCAACAACCACAAGCAUUUUCUUCUCAACAAACUGGAUCUGUACCAGGAUACAACGUACAGUAUCCAUAUCAGCCACAAGCACCUGUUCCUGGCAACACAUUUCCAGGUCAAUCACAUAAUUUCAUGAACAUACCGUCAAAAGAAACAGAAUCUUUUAAACCACCGUUAUCAUCUAGUAUGAUGUCUAUGUCUCAAAAUUCUUCUCAAGUAGACGCAUAUAAUCAAUACAAUCCGGAACCGAUUUCCCAAAUGUCAGCAUACAACAGUGAAAAUAGUUAUAAUUCAAUAUCACAAUCAUCUGGAUGGAAUGACCCACCAAUGGCCAAAAGUUCUAGAGCGCAGCCAAAAUAUGAAUUUCAACCUCAAAGUCCAAUACUACAUCCUUUGCGAAAUACAAUUCCACAACCUGAGCCUAAUAUAUUACCACAAGAUAAUUAUUACAAUGAUUCUCAGGCACCUUAUAAUCCACAACAAUAUGUUCAUAACAUUCCAAGUGCUAGUACUCAAUAUAAUAAACCUGUUGAUAUUACACAACCUGUAACAGUAGCAAAAGCUAUGGAACCUGAGAAAACAAAACCACCAAUACCUGAGGAACAUAUUCAUUUGAAAACUGUAUUAGAUGAACUGAAAAUGCGAUGCUUUGAGAGUGCUACAAAUCCGCAAAUUAAGAGAAAAAUAGAAGAUGUAUCUAAAAAAUUGGAAAUACUAUAUGAUUGUCUCAGAGAAAAUAGAUUAUCACAAAAUACCAUUCAAGGAUUACAUCAAAUAUCAGAGAUGGUACAAAAUGGAAAUUACUCUAGUGGUCUAAGUUUACACACGCAACUAGUAUCAGGUCCAGAUUUUAGUCAGAUAUCUUCUUUUAUGCCUGGUAUCAAAGUAUUACUUCAAAGUGCCCUUCAGUUAGGAGUUUACAUUAGAUAAAAUAUGAUAUACUAAAAAAUGUACGGUAGACAUCCUCGUUAUAAAGGUUUAUUUUAUCAUCUUUUGUGAAAAGAUAUAUUUUAUUCUACAUUGAAAAAAGUAUAUAUCUUUUCAAUUUCUUUAUUACAUCAUUUACAGGUAAUAGUAUAAAUAUAAUUUAUGGAGUUUAUAUUUUUCACUCUUCUGUCACUGUAUCAAAAUUUCGAUACAACCUUGUAACCUGUCUUUUUUAUUGUAAUAUAUUGAUGAAUAGUUAAAAGACCA